AAGUUAGACGACACACGCUUCUUCGGGAGUGACAGAUCAUUAAUUUUUGUUGAUAUAUUUUUCUAAUUUGACAUAAUCAAUAAGUUUUAACAUAAAACACACACAACCUGUUGUCUAGAGUUUUAUUUGCUCAAAGUGGCUUUAAAAAAAAAUCUGUCCCUGAGCUUUUGAAAAAUUAAAGGUGUUAAAUCGAAUUCCCUCAGUUUUCGUCUCAGUAGAAGAGAAAAAUUAAAAUAAGAAGUGAAUUCAUCACGUUGGGUGCCAUCAGAAUGAUAAAUCUAGCUCAAGCCAGAUCGACGAGCUAUCGAUUUGUAGUUUCGCCCACUAACAGCACCAUACCCUGAUUCCAAAAGUGAAGUGAUAACUAUAAGCCCUUCCGGAAAAAGGCGGCAUAUUUCGUGAUAAUAUUUAAAAAAAAAUUAUAAAAAGUUAAUACCCUUUUUUGACAACAAUAAUUCCGAGGAGUUAUUAACAAAUUGCUAGAAAAUCUCCGCGGAAAUUAUACAACAAACCUCACAUUAUGGAUAUCCAUCUAGUUAGGUUAAUGAUCGCUUGUUGGUCUCUAUUGACCUUAUGCGUUUGUGUUGCAGUACAUUGUAGCCCGGUUUAUCCAAAUGUAAACUUACUGAUGUCUCAGCCAAAUUUCGAGCCAAUGUGCUCAAGCCAACAAGAACGUUUUAUUGAGAGUGAUGGCAAAGAAUCUAGUCUGAUAUUAGAAUUUAAUCCUGAAACGAAGAAAGAGUCAUGUUUGCGUAUUCUCAGUGCCCCAGCUGCCCAUGGUUUUAUAGUAAGAUUAAUUAUACCAAAACUCAAGAAAAAACAUCACAAUGCCCAUGCUGGUCCACCUCUAAUGGAUGUUGACAGAGUUCAAAGAAAUCGAACUUGUCCUCUAAAAAUUUUUAGUUCACUGGAACCACAGCUACUAUCAUGGCAGGUUGAUCCUUGCCAAUUGGAAGACGCAACUGCAGAUAUGGAAGAUCCAGUGAAAUUGUUUCAAGGACGACUUCGUGUGGUAUGGGAACAUGGUGGACAUGAAUUGUCAUCGAAAUUAAUGAUAACAGUCUUGGGGAAAGGUGAUGCCUGCCAGGAAGAAAACAAACAUCCAUGUUUAAAAAUUGGCCUGGAACCAUUGCUUUGUAUUUCAAAGGCCCUAGUAUGUGAUGGCAUACGGCAUUGUCCAUACAGCAUUGACUACGAUAGUGACGAAGACAAUGACAUGUGCUGGAAUCGUAAGAAAAUUGACGACGGUGUGAUCCUCGAACACUGGGUGAUAGAAAUGUUUAGAAAUCUCUUCGCCUUCGACGCUCCACCCCCAAAUGCAGAAGCAAACACAACCAAAAAUCCAAUAACGGAGAAAACCGUCAACGAUGGUGCGAAAAAUAAAUCACAUGUCGUAGGUGAAAAUAUGGCCAGUGGAAGUGGGUAUACCAGACGCAAUACAACUCGCCUAGGUCUAAAUAGUGACCUUUCGAAAUACGGACCAUGGGGUUAUUUGAUGCUGGGCAUGCUUCUUUGCGGAGGGGCACUUCUUAUUUGUGGACUUUGGGAAUGCUGUUUCCUUAACAAAACCGAUCACACAAUUACAGCUUCUGCAUCGCAAUCAGCCCACAGUGACUCUGAUGCCUCCAUGCAGCAGGGUAACAUCACAAUCGAGCAUCAGUCGACGCCUCCAAACUACGAGGAGCUCGAUCCACCACCGCCCUACUCCGUCCUAUUUCCCAACCAAAAAGCUGUAACUCCUGAGGCGGAUGCCACCGCAGUCACUUCAGCAUCUGUAAUGCAAACAAGUACAAGCACCGAGCCAAACACAAGCUCCACGCCUACAUCCACGCCAACACCCACAGCGGUAACCACACCAACGACAACGCCAACGCCAUCCACAACGACAACGUCAAUAACCACCGAGAUUUCAGUCACUUCCUAGCCUACUGCCUAUAUAAUUAGUUUAUUAAAAACAAAUUUUUAAAAAUUGUAAUUAAUGAUUUUAUAUAUGACUGACUGUUUAUGCUUAUUAUGCUCAUCAGCUAUUUAAUUAAAGUUUAUUAAGUAAUUUUUUGUAAAAAAAGAAAAUUUAUUUUUAAUACACUAUAAUAAUUAUGUAAAAUUUAUGCGUAGGUAAGGUCUGUAGAUUGUAGCUGUGCUGCGAGUGGAAUGUAUGGAUGUUGUCUAUAUUUUUUAUUUUGUGAAUAUGCGAGUGAAUGCGUUAAGAUUUUAAAUUACAACAAUAUCGAAAAUUGUGUCUUCUCAGAUACUUUUCAAAAUUUUCUUUUUUUUAUGUUUUGUAAAAGUAUUUUGUUUUUGUAAACAAAAAAUUAACAAAAACAAUUUGUAUGUGAUAUGACUAAAGUGUCUGGGAAUAUAAAAAUACACAUCUUGAUUUUGUUUAAAAAAGGAAGAAAAAUACAUAAAAUAUUGUGUUCUCUAGAUAUUAGUUACUUUUUUCGAAGUUUUGAAGUGACCUGCAUUUUUAAGUCGGUCUUUUAAAUAUUAAUUUUACACAAAUGAAUUUAUUCUUAACUCUUAACAUUAAUGUCGAUUGAAAUGACUUCGAAAUCAAAAACGCAAAUAUAGAAAACAAAUUGUAAAAACUUAGAGUAUUAAAUGAACUUAUUUAUGUAAAAAUAAAUGUAUGUAAGAAAUUAA